AAACAGCAGGCGGGCGGAACAGGGGAAAGCCCAGACCACCGCCCCGAAACCGCGACGACCCGACGCCUCGUCCACCUCCUCUCCUCUCCUCUCCUCCUGACCUCCCUUUCCGGCUCCUACUGGCUAUCCACCGCCCGUACCCCGCGCGAUCAAGCCGACCAGAGCCGGCACCCCGAUGGUGGUCGUGGCGGUGGGAGGAGGCGGAGGAGGAGGAGGAGGGUGGGGGACGUGGGAGGAGCUGGUGUUGGGCGGUGCCGUGCUCCGCCACGGGGGCGCCGCGUGGGCCGCCGUCGCCGACGAGCUCCGGACCCGCUCCCCGUGCUUCUUCUCUCCCGAGGAAUGUGAAGCAAAAUUUGCAGAGAUACAGUUGCGCUACUCUGCAUGCAACGCUUGGUUUGAAGAGCUUCGCAAGCAGAGAGUUGCUGAACUGAAAAGGGAAUUGGAGAAGUCGGAAAAUUCUAUUGGAUCCCUCCAAUCUGUGAUUCAAAGCCUUAGCAAUAGCAAACAUGGUGAUGGGAGUUCUGAAUGUCGCACCAGUCAUACCGAAUCAUGUUCGCACUCUGAAAAUACAGCGGAUACUUCCUCAGGUAAAGAAGCAUCCAGAGACAGAUCAUCAGCGGCUAGUUUCACAGAGGAAGCAAGCAAUAGUCAGAAAACUCAGCAAGUGCAGCAGUGUGAUACUGAUUCAGUUCAGGCUAAUAAUCCAUCACCGGAUGAGUCAUAUCCUCAGGACCAAGUUGAGAAGGUCUGUCCCAAAGAUAGCUUGCUUUGGGGCUCUAGAAAGCAAAGAGGAAGGAGAGUUAGACGUACUCCUAUCAAAGGUGAUGAUAGUAGUAGAGAUGGUGAGCCUACAUCUACAGCAUGCAUAGAGAGGGAGGGUUCCUCUGAAGGCUUCUUGAAGGACUCGAAAACUCCAAAGGCAGAAUCUGUUGUGAUGCAGAAGGGUUUGAAAACUCCAAAGGCAGAAUCUGGUGUGCCGAAUAAGGAUUUCAAAAGUCCAAAUGCAGGAUUUGGUCUAAUGAAGAAGGGUCUGAAAACUACAAAUGGAGAAUCUGAUGCGAUGAAGAAGGGCCUGAAAAAUCCCAAGGCAGAAUCUGACAUUUUGAAGGUCUUGAAAACUCCCAAAGCAGAAUCUGAUGUUAUGAAGAAGGGCUUGAAAACUCCCAAAGUAGAACCUGAUAUUGUGAAGAAGGGCUUGAAAGCUCCAAAAGCAGAAUGUGGUCAGCUUGUGAGUGAGAGAGUUAAACAAAAGUUGGCAGAGAUUUUGAAAACUAUAUCCACUCAAGGUGACUGUUUGAUGUUGCAACGCCAACUUGAUACCCAGAGAAAAAGGGUUAGAUACAAGAAGAUGAUUCGCCGGCAUAUGGACUUCCGGACCCUUCACUCUAAGAUCAAGAAUGGUGCCAUCUCUUCCACCAAGGAGCUUCUGAGAGACAUUCUCAUUUUUGUGAAUAAUGUAAUAGCCUUCUACCCAAAGGCUACAUUAGAGCACAUGGCUGCGGUUGAGCUUCGGGACCUUUCAUGCAAAAUUGUGAAGCAGGGUGCAAGCUUGCUCUUGAAGAUCCGUGGAGAGACGGGAACAGCUGGUGCCUCUGCGGUGAAGAAGAAUGCUCGAGCCCAGCAGCUGGGACGCCCUGGCCCUGGUGAUGCAAGGGGAGGCAAGGUUUCUUCAAGGGAAGCUACUGCCAAGGAAGGCGAGGGCAAGAGCUCUAGAAAUGAUGCAGCAUUAGCAGCUAAUCAAAAGACUACCCAGAGAAAUGAGCUGGCAAAGAAGAGAGGCGUCGGUCGGCCUCCAAAGAGUGGGCAGAGGACUGCUGGGGCACAGGAAGAUAACCCCAGUAAAGGCAGGAAGAGGGGCGCUGGGGCACAGGUGGAUAGCCCCAGCAAAGGCAGGAAGAGGAAUGCUGCAGCACAGGAGGAUAGCCUCAGUAAAGGCGGCAAGAAGACCCGGCGAUGAAGCUACCAUCAGCUCAACGCCGGUGAAACUGUGUACAGCUUAACCAUAUCAUAGGCUAGUCCCUUCCAGUGGUGUUUAGCUGGCAGAAAAAAGCUAUGGCCCAGUAAUCAAACUGAUGUAACAGGAAGGGUUAGCUGUUUUUGGUGUUGUUUUGUAAGGGGUGAGGAGUAAGGACAGUUAGUAGGGAACCCAUAUUUUCCUGUAGAGAUUGUCCGAGUUAGGCUAUACAUGUCUGACUGUGUAAUGUUUGUAACUUUGUAUCCAGAUCAAGCGCAGAACUGCACCAACAUGUCUGUCAGCAAUUGUUGCUGCU